AUGGAGGCAUCAGAGAGCAAAUCGGAUAUGCAAGUUCUCGUGCUUGGUAUGCCGAGAACAAGCACUGCGUCAAUGCGAGCCGCGUUGGGAGAACUUGGUCUACCAAACCAAUACUUCUGGGAGUGCAUGUGUCACGCCAAGACAGACCAUAGCGCCAUAUGGACGGAUCUCCUAGACCAGAAAUUCCGCCGUAAAGAGACCCCGAGUCGCGCCGAUUUCGAUCGAGUCCUCGCUGGUUGCUCGAGCGUGGCCGACUGGCCAGCGUCGUUACUGUCCAAAGAGCUUGUCGAAGCAUAUCCUGAAGCCAAAGUCAUUUUGACGGUGCGCGACAGCCCCGACAAAUGGUACAACUCGUUCAACGAUACAAUCUGGUAUUAUCAGAGGCAAAAACACUGGCCAAAAGGGAUCCGAGAGCGCUUCUGGGCAUAUCAAUUUGGCCCCGGCCCUCACGAUAGCAUCUACCGAUAUAUCAUUGGCUAUACCCCGUUCCCAAACUUUCCGACCCAAGGGAAGCAAUGGUAUUUGGAUCACAAUGAGAUGAUGCGGCAGAUCGUUCCCCCGGACAAUCUUCUGGAGUUCAAUGCGAAGCAAGGCUGGGAACCACUGUGCAACUUCCUCGGCAAGCCCGUGCCAAGCACUCCAUACCCGAAAGUGAACGACUCGGGCUCCUUCCAAAGCACCGUCGAUCCAUACUGGGCGAUUGUCAAGAUUCGAAGGUCUCAGAAGCUACUUCGGUGGUUUUCGAUUUGGAUGAUUAUCUUUGCUGUAAUCGUAUCUUUCUUGUCGCAGAGAAGAGCAAUUAGGAAGCUUUUGUUCUGA